UCAUGGUAAACAUGAAGUGUGACGAUAUUAGUUCAAGUGAGACCGGAGAAGUAAUAUUUAUGAUACACACGAUGUUUCUCAUAAGGAAUUAUGUUGACAGACUUUCAACUGAAGAAGCAUUACUGAAUUUGAGCAAUAGGACUUUUAAUUUUCAUAAUGUUGCUUGGAAAUCCUCAUUGUCCUCUGAAGCAUUUAUGUUACCAGCACUCGUGAAUACAGUUGGUUUCAUGAGCCAUUGUUACAGUAAAACAAUAGAACAUACGACAUUCAAUCUUCACAAUAACUAUCAGCCGGCACUGGUAUCACCACUUCUUCUCUGUCGUCAAGUGGAAUUAGAUCAGGAUGAAUUUGAAGUAGAAGAAUCAACCUUUGAAAUAUCACUGUCCAAAUCAACUAGAAAGCUUCAUCAGGAUGAAUUUUUGUUGAUCGACAAAAAAGUUCGAAUUUGUCUUUACAAUUUCCAGGAGAUGUUCAACGGUUCCAUUGCGGCAAGGUUUAGUGAACCACCUUUGUAUGCUCCUCUUAAAAUCACUACGUUCGUUUGCAAUGUGAUAUCUCUUGUAUGCCUCCUGAUAACGUUUAUAACAUAUUGCUUAUUCCCGACCAUGCGUUCUUUACCAGGAAUGAACAAUAUGAGUCUGGUGUUCGCCAUGUUCUUUGCCCAGUUGCUUUUUCAGUCCGGUUUUUAUAUGACAUCCUCGCCAACAUUAUGCACGGUUUUCGGGGUCUUUAUACAUGUUUUCUGGCUAUCGACGUUUGGCUGUAUGAGCGCGUGUUCGUAUCAUAUGUACAGCGUGUUCGCUGGUGACAUCAUCGCAGGAAGGCUGUCAGCGUGGGGCUGGAAGAGGAGGAUGUCGUUCUACAUAUUGUAUUCAUACGGAUUAUCAGCUGCCAUUGUGUCAACCAAUAUCAUCAUUGUGUAUCUUACGUCAGAAGAUAAUAACAUCGGUUAUGGUAAAUCAAGGUGUUUUAUAAAUAACAGCACAUCAUUUUAUCUUUCAUUUCUUGCUCCCGUGUUAAUAGUUUGUUUCACGAAUAUUUAUUUUUUCAUACGAACUGCUUUACAAAUAAAAAAUUCACCAAAAGUAGAUAGUACAAAGGAAAGAAAAAAUCAACAUGUGAUUUACGUCAAGUUAUUUUCUUUAACUGGAAUAACCUGGAUCUUAUUGAUUAUCGAUACAUUACUACCUAUAACGGUAUUUAGUUUCCUGGUAACAAUAGCUACCGUCUGUCAGGGUUUGUUUGUUUUUGUCAGCUUUGUUUUAAACAAAAGAGUGUUUAAUUAUUACAAAGUCUUAAUGUGCGGUAAGAAGCUAAAGUCUACAAUUUCUUCGACUUCACAGCCAGGUAACACUCAGUCAACAAUUGCGAACUCUGGUUCAAUAUGAUUCCAGUAUGACCUAUUUAUUCAAAUGGAGUCCCAAUAGCCAAUGUAAAAAAUAUAUUUGAUGUUUAUUUUGAAUGCUUAGAUACAUAUAUCAAACGAAAUCUAAAUGUUUAAAAUGUCAUCAAUCAUAACUGUAUUUAAAUAGCAUUUAUACAUGUCUUAUAGAUUUGUAAUGUCACUGUGCUGCGCAUGAUUAUUAUAUCAUAAUGUGAAUUAUGAUCAAUAUAAAAUACCAUUUAAUUUUGAAAUAUUUACGAUAUUCCUGUUACUAGAAUGAACUAUUCUUUCAUAUCACAACAGUAGCUAUUUUACAUGAAGAUGUAUGUGUCGUGACUUAUAUUUUGGUAGUAUAUCAAAUGUACUUUGAAUAAAUUAUUUAUCAGUAAAUUUUUUUUUUUCAGUUUGCAUUUUCUUGUUCAGCACGUAAUUUGCUGGAUAUGUUUUGUGAGCGACUUGAGAUUUAAAUUAUGUUCUAUCAAUAAUUCCUGUUUACUUUUGUUUCGGAAGCCAUGACCGACUUUAUGGCAAGAAACCCUUUAUCUUACUGUCUCAAGUAUAAGAUAAUGUAUCUGAUCUAUACAUAGAGUUUGUAGAAUUCAAAGAGUUACAUCAGCAGUAGGCAUUCGUUCCCACACCGUCUUAAACCGGAUAGGUAGUCAGAAAUCGUAUUCGGACGAGUUAAGCUGGAGGGUAGCCAAUGCGAUUAUCUGACACAUAAUUAUAAUAUUUAUAUACUUUGACAUUGUAUGUAACACUUUUUUUUUCGAAAUGUUGAAGAACAACUGAGGCGUGAUGCAUAUCUUUUUGACUUGUUUUGAUUUUGUAACUGUAUGAAGAUUUUUGCCUUUUGAAUAGCAUGAUUUUACCUCUGACCGAUAUACUGACCAUAAUUUUACACUUAAUUGAAUUGACCCGUAACUGACAUUUAUGCGGUUGAUAGUUCCACUAAUUAACUGAUUAUUAAUUUCUUUGUCAAAAAGAAAAUUAAGUCUGACGUUUUUCUGUAACGUCAUUAAAUUCAUUGUCAUUGCUAUAACUAACCUUUUUGUUAAAAAUAUGUUUGUGUGUAUUAACCAUAAACAUUAACCCAAGUAUGUGGGAUUUAUCUCCCUUAGACUAACAUCGGACAUCUUACGAACUAAUUCACGGUGUCUCAUAAGAUGUGUUGAGUACAGUUAAGUAUUGAGUGAAGAUUUAAGAAAUAAUGUUCUUAGCUUGUAGUUCUCAGUUGAUAUGCUAUUGAUCAUAAGGGUGCGAUACAUCAAUAUUAAGAUUAUACUUUUAUCAAUAGACAUGGGCUCUUUUUUCUAAGUAGAGAAAACACAGUGAAACAAGACUACCUUUGGUAAAGUGUACCCAAUCUAACUUUUUAAGGUAGGAACAUCUGAUGUAGUGAUACAUGUACAUCUACCAAAGCCGGCGUAUCACAAAGAAGAGGAUACAAAACUACAAAAGUAUUGUAGU